AUGCAUCAGCUGAUGGUGGCGCUGAAAACUGACCGGCAGCACGGAUGGGGCCCGACCCUGGAGACACUCGUGUUUCUGUUCUGGCUGGCAACCGGUUCAGCCUACCGAGUUGUCUCCAGGGUCAUCUGUAUGCCUCUACCCACCGUCCACAGGGUGGUCCACAGGUUGGUGGAUGAGGUGGUGGCUGUGCUGCCACAGUUUUUCUGCUUCCCCUGCACACAGGAGGAGCUCCAGGUUGUCGGGGAUGGAUUUGGUCAGUUGGCUCAUCACCGAGCAUUUGACAAGGCAGCAGGGGCAGUAGAUGGCUGCCACAUCAGAAUUAAAUGUCCUGGCGGCCCUGAUGGUCACGACUAUAACAACAGGAAACUCUUCCCGUCCGUGGUGCUCCAGGCAGUCUGUGACCAUCAGGGCCGCUUUAUGGACAUCUUUGUGGGUUACCCAGGAAGCGUGCAUGAUGCACGCAUCCUGAAGAACAGCCCCAUCUACACUAGGGGGACUUACCCUCCACCUGGGUAUUUCCUCCUAGCUGAUGGUGGCUACCCAUGUCUACAGGAACCCCUGGCCCUUAUCACACCAUAUAAGAGGCCAGUGAGAGGCAUGGCAGAGCAACGGUUUAAUUACCAUCAUUCCAGAGGUUGCACAAUCAUUGAGCGUGCCUUUGGAAUGAUGAAAACCCGCUUCAGGUGCAUCUUUUUAGAAGCACUUGAAGUACAUCCAGUGUUUGUCCCUAAGGUGGUGACGGCAUGUGUAAUUUUACACAACAUUUGUGUUGGUGUUGGGGAUGAGAUGGAAGAGGCUGUGGAGGAGGACGACAACCAGCCACCUCUGGAGCGUGAUGGUGGGGAGAGCCGGAGUGGAGCAGCUUGGCGGGCCGCGCUGACCAACGAGGUGUCUGCACUGCAUGAGGCACCCCUGGACCACGAUUAUUUUUCCCAGUCUUGAAGCAGCAGCAGCACCGGCAGCUGUAGCUGAUGGCCACUUGUUGUUAUUCUGUUCUUGGUCUUGUUUUAUAUAGUUG